GGGCGGAGAAACGUAUUCCAGCAUCCUAAAGGCGAUAAGAGAAAAGGUGGACGCCAACGAAAUCGGAUGCCAGAUAUCGUCUAUCAAAGAAAGUAGAAAAGGCCAGAUCCUGAUAAGAUUGCACCAUAAUGACCAAAAAAGGGAAGAACUAGCCGAGGCGCUCAAAAACCUAGGCGACCGAGCAGUAGUAAGAGGCCUAGUCAGCCAAGACGAGCUAGACAUACGGGAUCCUCGACAGCGUCACCACGGACUCGAGGUGGAAUGCUGCAUCAGAUCAUCCCUGGACUGCCCGCAGACGACCAAUCGGUGAAGGUGAAAG